UCCUGAUUGGUCCGCUGCUUGUCUCCGAGCCUCCCCGCUGCAGAGAGUCACCUUGCUCCGGCUGCUGCUGCUGCUGACACGGCUAGAGCUCAAGAGGUCCCAUCCGGCUCAGAGGCACACUGACAAGGCUCCGGUAAUCUCCCCGGCUACUCGAACAUGGCGGAGGCUAAGCCGAAGACCUCUCCGAAGGCCAUCAAGUUCCUGUUCGGGGGCUUGGCCGGGAUGGGGGCUACAGUCUUCGUCCAGCCUCUGGACCUGGUGAAGAACCGGAUGCAGCUGAGCGGCCAGGGAACGACGGCUCGGGAAUACAAGACCAGCUUCCACGCCUUGUUCUCCAUCCUGAGGAACGAGGGGGUGGGGGGCAUCUACACCGGGCUUUCAGCAGGUUUACUACGUCAGGCGACCUACACCACCACCCGCCUGGGGAUCUACACCAUCUUGUUUGAGAAGAUGACUGGCGCUGAUGGACGGCCCCCCAACUUCCUCUUCAAGGCUCUGAUCGGGAUGACGGCCGGAGCCAUCGGAGCGUUUGUGGGGACACCAGCAGAGGUCGCUCUGAUCAGGAUGACUGCAGACGGACGUCUCCCUGCAGACCAGAGGAGAGGUUACAGUAAUGUUUUUAACGCUCUGGCUAGGAUCACCAGAGAAGAAGGGGUCACCACAAUGUGGAGGGGUUGUAUUCCCACCAUGGCUCGGGCUGUGGUGGUAAACGCGGCUCAGCUGGCCUCGUACUCUCAAACCAAGCAGGCUCUGCUGGACUCAGGAUAUUUUGGAGACGAUAUUCUGUGUCACUUCUGUGCCAGUAUGAUCAGUGGUCUUGUUACCACAGCAGCAUCGAUGCCUGUGGACAUCGUAAAGACCAGGAUCCAGAACAUGAAGAUGAUUGACGGGAAACCUGAGUAUAAAAACGGAAUGGAGGUGUUGAUGCGGGUGGUGCGAAACGAGGGGUUCUUCUCCCUGUGGAAAGGCUUCACUCCGUACUACGCUCGCCUCGGUCCCCACACCGUGCUCACCUUCAUCUUCCUGGAGCAGAUGAACCGCUUCUAUAAGACCCGAGUCCUGGACGGCUAACGCACACAGACACACACAGAGAUACACACAAAGGACUGCAGUACAAACUGUGUCCUGCUUCUGACCUCUGACCUCAGACUCUUAAAGAAGAGACACACACACACACACAUCCCCAUACUGUGUUUGUGGGGACCCUCAUCCACAGUGUGUUACCUUUCCACUACGAUUGUCCCCCACAAAGAUGUACAACUACACACACAAACACACAGAGUUCUUUUGUAAAGGAAAGAAGGUCGAUUCACACAUUAUUCCCGAUGUCAUAUAAUUAAUGUCUUCAUGGGAUUGGUGGGUAACCAUGUUUACGGCCAGACAUAAAUGGACGAAUAAACAGUGUGACCCUCA